CUCCGCGGCCAUGGAGCAGGGUGCGGACGGGCGCACGGCGAGCGCGCUCUUCGCGGGCUUCCGGGCCCUGGGGCUGUUCAGCAACGACCUUCCCCACGCGGUGCGCUUUAGCGCGCUGAAACGCCGCUUCUACGUGACGACGUGCGUGGGCAAGAGCUUCCACACCUACGACGUGCAGAAACUUAGUUUAGUCGCAGUAAGUAACUCUGUUCCACAAGAUAUCAGCUGUAUGGCAGCUGAUGGGAGGCUAGUCUAUGCUGCAUACGGGAAUGUUUUCUCUGCAUUUGCCCGAAAUAAAGAGAUUGUACACACCUUCAGGAGUCAUAAAGCAGAAAUCCGUCUUUUGCAGCCAUUUGGGGAUCACAUUAUCUCUGUUGAUACUGACAGCAUUCUUAUUAUUUGGCACAUAUAUUCCGAAGAAGAAUACCUGCAAUUGACUUUUGAUAAAUCAGUGUUUAAAAUUUCUGCAAUUUUGCAUCCGAGUACCUACUUAAAUAAAAUACUACUUGGCAGUGAACAAGGAAGCUUGCAGUUGUGGAAUGUUAAAUCCAAUAAACUCCUGUACACGUUUCCAGGAUGGAAAUUUGGAGUGACAGCUCUUCAGCAGGCACCUGCUGUGGAUGUUGCUGCCGUGGGCCUUGUGUCAGGUCAGGUGUUCAUUCACAACAUUAAGUUUGAUGAAACAUUAAUGACAUUUCGUCAAGACUGGGGACCUAUUACUUCGAUUUCAUUUCGGACAGAUGGCCAUCCAAUAAUGGCAGCUGGAAGCCCCUGUGGACAUAUUGGACUCUGGGAUCUAGAAGACAAAAAAUUAGUCAAUCAAAUGAGAAAUGCACAUUCUUCAGCAAUUGCCGGACUGACAUUUCUUCAUAGAGAGCCGCUUCUUGUCACAAAUGGUGCUGACAAUGCUCUCAGGAUAUGGAUAUUUGACGGUCCUGCAGGUGAAGGUCGACUGUUGAGAUUCAGGAUGGGACAUAGUGCUCCUCUUACCAAAAUUCGAUAUUAUGGACAAAAUGGACAGCAGAUUCUUAGCGCAAGUCAAGAUGGAACUCUUCAGUCGUUUUCCACGAUACAUGAAAAAUUUAACAAAAGCUUAGGACAUGGAUUAAUUAAUAAAAAAAGAGUCAAACGGAAAGGACUUCAGAAUACCAUGUCAGUUAGACUUCCCCCUAUAACAAAGUUUGCUGCGGAGGAAGCUCGUGAGAGUGAGUGGGACGGUGUCAUUGCUUGCCAUCAAGGGAAGCUGUCUUGCUCAACCUGGAAUUAUCAGAGAUCUACAAUAGGCACUUACUUUCUCAAGCCUAAAGAGUUAAAGACAGAUGACGUAAUUGCAACAGCAGUGGAUAUAACAUCCUGUGGCAACUUUGCUGUGAUUGGACUCUCUUCAGGAUCUGUAGAUGUUUAUAACAUGCAGUCUGGUAUACAUCGAGGCGCUUUCGGCAAGGAGCAAGCUCAUCAUGGAUCUGUUAGAGGUGUUGCAGUGGAUGGAUUAAACCAGUUGACAAUUACAGCUGGUAGUGAAGGAUUACUCAAAUUCUGGAACUUUAAAAACAAAGUUUUAAUCCAUUCUGUGAAGCUCGAUUCAUCUCCAAACAUGAUACUGCUACAUAGGGACAGUGGCAUUCUGGGACUUGCCUUAGAUGAUUUCUCCAUCAGUGUCCUGGACAUUGAAACUAGGAAAGUGGUCAGAGAGUUUUCCGGACAUCAAGGGCAAAUAAAUGACAUGGCUUUCAGUCCUGAUGGUCGUUGGUUAAUAAGUGCAUCGAUGGAUUGCUCUAUUAGGACUUGGGAUCUUCCAUCUGGAUGCCUUAUAGAUUGCUUCUUGGUGGACUCUGCCCCUCUCAAUGUUACUAUGUCCCCUACUGGAGACUUCUUGGCCACCUCCCAUGUGGACCAGCUUGGAAUUUAUCUAUGGUCCAAUAUUUCUCUGUAUUCUGUUGUCUCAUUGCGGCCACUUCCUACAGAUUACAUUCCUUCAGCAGUGAUGCUUCCUGGCACGUGUCAAACCCAAGAUGUGGAAUUAUCAGAAGAAGCCAUAGAACCAAGUGAUGAAAUGAUAGUUUAUGAAUCACCAGAACAGUUGAAUGAACAAUUGGUGACUCUGUCACUCCUCCCUGAAUCACGAUGGAAAAACCUCCUUAAUCUUGAUGUUAUUAAGAAAAAGAAUAAACCAAAGGAACCACCUAAAGUACCAAAAUCAGCACCGUUUUUUAUUCCAACAGUUCCUGGCCUUGUGCCCAGAUACGCUGCACCUGAACACGGAAAUGAUCCCCAGCAGUCAAAAGUGGUUAACCUUGGAAUUUUGGCUCGAAAAACGGAGUUCUACUUAAAACUUGAAGAAGGAUUGGUAAAUAAUAAAUAUGAGCUUGCUGUCAGUCUUCUGAAAGAAUUGGGCCCAUCAGGAAUUGAAACUGAGCUGCGAAGCUUGUCUCCCGACCUUGGUGGGUCUGUAGAAGUCAUGCAGAGCUUCUUGAAAAUGAUCGGGGUGAUGUUGGAUAGAAAGCGUGAUUUCGAGUUAGCGCAAGCAUACCUUGCUUUGUUUCUAAAGUUACAUCUAAAAAUGCUUCCUUCAGAGCCAGUACUCCUAGAAGAAAUGGAAAAGUUGUUACCACAAGUGGAAGAAAACUGGAUCCAUUUACAGUCACUCUUCAAUCAAAGCAUUUGUGUGUUAAAUUAUAUUAAAAGUGCUUUAUUAUAAAAAUUAAUGUAAGGGUCUAAAUAAACAAAUGACUUUUAAUAUCGAUUAGGGUACCUUUAGCUCAUAAUCUAUUUUCCAAGAUUAAAGUGAAGAGAAAAUAAAUGCCA